CCUUCAGCAUAGAACGUGAGAAUUUAAAAACUGAGAUUUCUCUAAAAUGUCGUACAGACAGGAAUUGGAGAAAUACCGUGAUCUGGAUGAGGAUAAGAUCCUUAGUGCAUUGACAGAAGAAGAACUCAGGACACUAGAGAAUGAACUGGAAGAGCUAGACCCUGAUAAUGAUCUGCUGCCUGUGGGACUCAGACAGAGGGACCAGACCAAAAAGACACCAACUGGCCCAUUCAAAAGGGAUGAGCUUCUGGACCACCUAGAAAAGCAGGCAAAAGAUAUGAAAGAUCGAGAAGACCUGGUCCCUUUCACAGGAGAAAAGAGAGGAAAAGUCUGGGUCCCCAAGGAGAAGCCAAUUGAUCCUGUUUUGGAAAGAGUAACACUGGAGCCAGAGCUGGAGGAAGCCCUGGCUAAUGCGUCUGAUGCAGAACUCUGCGACAUCGCUG